AUGAACGUAGGAGUUGCCCAUAGUGAGGUAAAUCCAAACACCAGGGUGAUGAACAGUCGUGGAAUGUGGCUGACAUAUGCACUUGGAGUUGGUAUGCUUCAUAUUGUUUUGCUCAGCAUUCCCUUCUUCAGUGUUCCUGUUGCAUGGACCUUAACAAAUGUGAUUCACAAUCUGGGAAUGUAUGUAUUCUUACAUGCAGUAAAGGGAACUCCUUUUGAAACACCUGACCAGGGGAAAGCCAGGCUGCUAACACACUGGGAGCAACUGGACUAUGGAGUACAAUUUACAUCCUCACGAAAAUUCUUCACAAUCUCUCCAAUAAUUCUGUAUUUCCUGGCAAGCUUCUAUACCAAGUAUGAUCCAGCACACUUCAUCCUAAACACAGCUUCUCUCUUGAGUGUGCUUAUCCCCAAGUUGCCACAGCUUCAUGGUGUAAGAAUCUUUGGCAUCAACAAAUACUAAUCGGGAGAUGUGAAACUGAAGCAUUCUGACCAAAACCUGCCAUGGCUACUGCUUUUUCUCAGGUGAAGGAAUGGGUAGUCUGCUGUGCCAUUUGUCUAGUAACAUACAAUGAGAUACUUUCACACCUGAGAUC